AUGACUACCAUUCUACAGACUGCCAACUCUCUCGAACCUGGAAGAAUGAGCCAGCCGAUAGCGGCGCGAAGGAGCAAGCGUAUUGCAGCAUACGACGAAGAAGAUGGAGACUUUGUCUUCACCCGUGCAUCGAAACGGACCAAAUCACGAUCCUCGGAAUUAACAGCGGCAUCAGUCUCAACGCCCGCGCCCGUAGUGAGGCGGGCAAAAGCGUCUAAACAGACCCACGAUCGUGAGCACGAACCGACGAUAAAUAAUACACGAAAUAAAGGGAGCAAGCGUAGCAACACCACUCCUCAGCAUGAUAAUGAUCCGCUCACCAUUCCCCGAUCCAGGAAGACCCCUCGUAAAUCAGUUGGCAGAGGCCAGAAUACAAAAACGGCUGGGACGACAAUUGGUUCUGUGACGACAAAUGAUCAAGUUCAGCAGCAAUUGACUCUAAAGUCUGUCGAGUCGCAGCAACUGCCUGUCGAAUAUAAUAAGAGCUCUACCGUUGUAUCGCUACCGUGGAGCGAUACCCCUGUAAUUGAUCGCAACAAAGAAUUUCGGAAAAAGGCAGGAGGAAGUGCUCGCAGAAGCAGUCUUGGAAUGCGAGGACGACGAGCUAGCUCUCUGAUUAAUAAUGGGCACAGUGCAAUCCCACAUCGCGAAGUUGAGACUAGGGAUUUUUACAAAUACAUUGAAGCUGAGGGAUUGAGCGAGCCUAGGCGAAUGAAGCAGCUUUUAGUAUGGUCAAGUGAGCGGUGUAUGGGUCCCAAACCAUUGCACGGUGAUCCAGAUAGUGCGGCGGAAUUGGCGGCCCGGCACAUCAAAGAAGCGUUGCUGAAGGAAUUUUCCAGCCGAUCCGAAUAUUCUGAUUGGUUCAGUAGAGACGAAACAACGCCACCUAAAAUCGUCAAAAAACCGAACCCGCGCAAUGUAGAAUUAGAAAACAGCCUUGCCAUUGUAGAAUCACGACUCAAGCUGUUACAAGAAGAGAGAGAUCAAUGGAAGGCCCAAUUAAAACUGCCAGCGUCCAUUGCCCCAAUACAUCAGGACGUCAGAGGUAUUUUGAAUCCAUCAGAUAUCGACUCCUCGCUGCUUGACCCCGAACAAGCUGCUAUCCUUGCUGAAGUUUCCUCAUGUUCGUCACAGGCUCUUCGUAAACAGGCCUCUGAACGCCUCCAAACACUUCAAUCGGGUCUAGAAUUCCACGUUGACCAACUAGCAGAUGGCGUCCAUAAGCUAGAAAAAUAUCAAGAGACGGUUGGAAAAAUAGCCGAUAAAUUUCUAAAUCUAGGUCAGCUGAGAUUGGAAGAGCGCGAUAAAAGAGUAAAAGAGCAAAUCGGUACGCGAGAUUUGCCGAUGCAAGAAGUAUUACGCAGUCUCAGUCGUAUACUACCCUGA